AAGAUGGUGGCCGUGGUGGGAAGGUUGUUCUGGACUUCGCUUGUGCGACAAGUGAGUGCCAUUCCUUGGGGCAUUUCUGCCUCUGCAGCCCUUAGGCCUGCUGCUUCUCGAAGAACGUGCUUGACAAAUGCACGGUGGUCUGGUUCUGCUCAAGCAAAAUUCGCCUUUAGCACCAGUCCCUCAUGCCAUGCCCCUGCCGUCACCCAGCAUGCGCCCUAUUUUAAGGGUACAGCUGUUGUCAAUGGAGAGUUCAAAGAAAUAAGCCUUGAUGACUUUAAGGGGAAAUAUUUAGGGCUCUUCUUCUAUCCUUUGGAUUUCACCUUUGUGUGUCCUACAGAAAUUAUUGCUUUCAGUGACAAAGCCAAUGAAUUUCACGAUGUGAACUGUGAAGUCGUUGCAGUGUCAGUGGAUUCCCACUUCACCCACCUGGCCUGGACAAACACACCAAGGAAGAAUGGCGGUUUGGGCCACAUGCACAUCACACUCUUGUCAGAUUUGACUAAACAGAUUUCCCGAGACUAUGGUGUGCUGUUAGAAGGUCCCGGCCUUGCACUACGAGGUCUCUUCAUAAUUGACCCCAACGGAGUCAUCAAGCAUUUGAGCGUCAAUGAUCUCCCAGUGGGCCGAAGCGUGGAAGAGACCCUCCGCUUGGUGAAGGCAUUCCAGUUUGUAGAAACCUAUGGAGAAGUCUGCCCAGCCAACUGGACACCAGAUUCUCCUACAAUCAAGCCCCAUCCGACUGCUUCCAAAGAAUAUUUUGAGAAGGUAAAUCAGUAGACCAUCCCAUGUGCACCUGCAGCUUCCCACACCAGAAGAGAACCCCA